CGGAGGGACUCGUCUUUCUCCCGACUUAAAGCGACAGAUGAUGAGCUCAAAACAGGGGCUGACCUCAGUCUGCGCACCGACGGGGCCCUAGGCUCUACCCCUCGGCCCCAGGCCCAGCCCUCUCCGGCGAGGGCUCCACUCCGCCUUCCCCGGGGGCGGAACCGGAAGGGGCGGGCCUUCCGCCGCCAUGGCAGCCCGAGGGGUGGUGGGCAUUUUCCUCCUCUCUGCGCUCCCCUUCUUGUGUCUGGAGCUGCGGCGUGGGAUCCCCGACCUGGGAAUUAAAGAUAUAAUUUUGCUGUGUGGCCGGAUUUUCUUACUGCUUGCUCUUCUUACUUUAAUUAUUUCUGUGACUACCUCAUGGCUUAACUCAUUUAAACCUUCCCAAGUUCACCUGAAAGAUGAAGAAGAGAAAAAUGUGCAAAGGCAAAAACUUGCAAGAAAAAAACAACAAGAGGCACAGGGUGAAAAGGCCAGCAGAUACGUAGAGAAUGUUCUAAAACCUCAUCAGGAAAUGAAAUUGAAAAAACUAGAAGAGCGCUUUUAUCGAAUGACGGGUGAAACCUGGAAGUUAAGCCAUGGUCAUAAACUUGGGGGUGAUGAAGAUUUGGCGCUUGAAACUGACAGUCAGGCAUCUUUUGAAACAGCAAACAGAAAAGCAGCAAAGAGACGGAACUUGCCUAAGCCUUCAACCAAGGUUUCACCACCUGCUGAACAGCCCGUGCAGAAGGAGGUUUCAGAUUUACCCGAAGAACCCUCUGAAACAGCUGAAGAAGUAGUCACCAUAGCUCUCCGGUGUCCAAGUGGGAGUGUCCUGAGGAGAAGGUUUCUUAAGUCUUGCAGUUCACAGGUUCUACUUGACUGGAUGGUGAAAAUUGGGUACCACACAUCCAUAUACAGCCUUUCUACUUCCUUUCCAAGAAUACCUCUGGAAGUUGAGGGAGGCUGUUCACUGCAGGACAUAGGAAUAACUGUGGAUACUAUACUCAAUGUGGAGGAAAAAGAGCCAUGCAACUAGAAAUGAAGAAUACCUGUUCUACAUAAAACCAGUUAUGUUGUGACCUUACAGGACAACAAAGGAUUCACAUUAAAAUCAUGACAUACCUUGAUUGAGCUCAAGGCAGUAAACACGUUAGUGUUAAUAUCCAUGGGAAUAUGUGGACAUAAAGGGUUAGAAAAGGAGUGCUUUCUGCAUAUAGUGAAUCUUAUUCUUUGGUAUCACCUUUGCUCAUUCGCAGAUCUUUUGUUUCUUUUUUUAAAUUUAAAAAUUUUUUUCAACUACAGUUAUUCAAUAUUAUAUUAAUUUUAGGUAUUACAGCAUAGUGAGUAGGCAUGUGAUAAGACAUAUAACUUAAGAGGCAAUCUCCCUGUUAAGUCUAAUACUCCUGACUCCAUAUGUAGUUAUUACAAUAUUAUUGACUAUAUUCCUUAAACUGAACUUUACAUCCUCAUGACUGUUUUGUAACUGCCAGUUUGUACUUCUUAAUCCCUUCACCUUUUUCUCGCCCCCCAACCCUGCUCCUAUCUGGCAAUGGGAGUUUAUUCUUUUUAUCCAUGAAUUCGUUUGUUUUGUUUGUGCAUUUUUUUAUAUUCCACAUACAAGUAAAAUCACAUGGUAUUUGUUUU